GCCGAAUUCCGGUCACCGGUCGCAGGAGUCCGCCACCGGAGUCAAGCAAGGUCUCUCCAAUGACUUUUUUCUCUAAGUGACAAAAAAAGGAGAGGGCAAAAUUGUCCCAAAAAUAAAUAAAAAUGAAUUAAAAAAUACUUAAUUGGGUAUUAGAGAAAUAAUCUCUUCGAGUAUUUGGGUAAGUGGACAAUCUCUUUAGAGUGUUUGAGUAAGUGGGCAAUUUUUAAGCUAAAAUUGGGUAAAUGAUCAUUUCUCCAUUUUUUACAUACCAGUAUAAGUUGGUACGGUACAUGGUAUCGGCCAGUAAGCUCCGGUACUGAACCGAGCCCAGCCCAACAGUAUCUCUACUCUCUUCUCUCUUCUCUCUUCUCUCAACCCAAAACCCUAAAUUCUCCAUGGACGAUCAAGACCCAGUAAGCCUCUUCUUGAGCCUCGAUCACUGGCAAGGCCCCCCUGCCGACCCUGACAACGACUCGGACCCUCCUCUCCCUACUCCCUCCGACACCUACAUGCUCGGCUUCGUCAUCGCCAACAUAGUCGGAAUCCAGUACUACUCCGGCACCAUCACCGGCCGAGAAAUGGUCGGCCUCGUCCGCGAACCCCUCAACCCCUACGAUUCCAACGCCAUCAGAGUCCUCAACACCCGGACUAUCCAAGUCGGCCACAUCGAACGCGCCGUUGCCGCCGCCCUCGCCCCGUUGAUUGACGCCGACUUGAUCGCCGUCGAAGGAAUCGUCCCCAACACGCGCGCCAAGGGCAAUAGGUUUAAGAUUCCUUGCCAGGUUCACAUCUUUGCCAGAAUCGACGACUUCCCCUCCGUCAUAUCUGCCAUUCACGGCGCUGGCCUGCAGUUGAUUUCGGACAACGACGCGGUGUUUUCAUCGGAGGCGAUGGUGGUGAAGGAGAAGAAGGCUGAGAGGGGGUACAAGACUGUGGAUGAGAUUUUCAAGCUGGUGGAUGACAAUGCCAGCCAAAACGGUGCGGUGGAGCCGAUGGAGCCGCCCAAGGAAGUGAUCAAAUCGGAGCUUUUUCGGCACCAGAAGGAAGGGCUGGGGUGGUUGGUUGGCAGAGAGAAUUCUGUUGAUUUGCCUCCGUUUUGGGAAGAGAAGAGUGAUGGGUCUUUUGUCAAUGUGUUGACAAAUUACCAUACACAGAACCGACCGGAGCCUCUAAGAGGUGGCAUCUUUGCAGAUGAUAUGGGUUUGGGUAAGACUCUGACUUUGCUUUCCUUGAUUGCUUUUGAUAGAUAUGGUAGUGGCAACUGUGCUAGUGUAGAUGUAAGCAUACCAAAUGAUAAUGAAAUGGGUGAGGAUGAGGGGUUGCCUGUUUCCGGUAGUAAGAAGGGUAAGAGGAAUAAAACAAGUAAAAAGGGAGCUGCGCCAAGGAAAAGACGUAAAACUGAGGAUAGCAAUGUGAGUGUAAAUGAUAAGUCUACUGCUGGUUUCAGUAGCAAGUCCACGAUAAUUGUGUGCCCUCCUUCUGUAUUUUCGACAUGGGUAACACAGCUAGGAGAACACACUAGGCCAGGCAGAUUGAAGGUGUAUAUGUAUUAUGGGGAUCGGACUCGAAAUGCUGAGGAGCUUAAGAAGUACGAUAUAGUGUUAACUACUUACAGUAUUCUUGCUACUGAACAUUCUUGGCCAAGCUCUCCUGUUAAAGAGAUUGAGUGGUGGCGGGUCAUUUUGGAUGAGGCGCAUACGAUUAAGAAUGUGAAUGCUCAACAAAGUCAAGCUGUCACUAACUUGAAGGCUAAGCGAAGGUGGGCUGUUACUGGAACACCAAUCCAGAAUGGCUCAUUUGAUUUGUUUUCUUUGAUGGCAUUCUUGAGAUUUGAGCCUUUCUCAAUUAAGAGCUACUGGCAAAGCUUGGUGCAGCGCCCGCUUGCUCAAGGUAACAAGAUGGGGCUUUCACGCCUGCAGGUUUUGAUGGCAACCAUUUCUUUGCGGAGAACAAAAGACAAAGGACUGAUUGGAUUGCCACCUAAAACUAUAGAGACUUGCUACGUGGAAUUAUCUGCUGAAGAACGUGAACUGUAUGAUGGGAUGGAGGGAGAAGCGAAGAGUGUAUUGCGGAAUUACAUAGCUGCUGGUAGUAUGAUGCGGAAUUAUUCCACUGUACUUAGUAUAAUCUUACGACUGCGGCAAAUCUGUACUGAUUCGGCAUUAUGCCCUUCUGAUCUCAAGUCACUUCUUCCUUCCAACGAUAUUGAAGAUGUCUCAAAGAACCCAGAGCUACUGAAAAAGAUGGUUGAGGUGCUGCAAGAUGGUGAAGAUUUUGAUUGUCCAAUUUGCAUUUCUCCACCAACCGAUGUUGUUAUUACUUGUUGUGCACACAUCUUUUGCCAAGCUUGUAUUCUGAAAACCCUUCAGCGCACAAAACCCUGCUGUCCUUUGUGUCGCCGUCCUCUAUCACAAUCUGAUCUGUUCUCAGCCCCUCAAACAUCUUCUGAUGAUGACAACACAAUAUCCUCAAAAACAACCAUGUCUUCAAAAGUUUCUACUCUCGUAAAACUUCUUGUUGAAUCAAGGAAUCAAAACCCACUGACCAAAUCAGUAGUGUUUUCACAAUUUCGAAAGAUGUUGCUACAUCUUGAAGAGGUACUGAAAACAGCUGGUUUCAAGGUUUUGCGUUUAGAUGGGUCUAUGACCGCAAAUAAAAGAGCUCAAGUAAUCAAAGAGUUUGGGGUUGUAGGAGAUGAUGUGCCCACAGUUUUACUUGCAAGUCUGAAGGCUUCAGGAACAGGGAUAAAUCUUACCGCUGCUAGUAAAGUCUAUUUGUUGGAGCCAUGGUGGAACCCAGCAGUUGAGGAACAAGCAAUGGAUCGCGUUCACCGGAUUGGGCAGAAGGAGGAUGUAAAGAUUGUCAGAUUGAUUGCUCGAAACAGCAUUGAAGAGAGGAUAUUAGAGUUACAGGAGAAAAAGAAGAAACUUGCGAAGGAAGCUUUCGGAAAGAGAGGUGCAAAAGAUCGCAGAGAUGUGGGUGCCGAUGAUCUUAUUAGCCUCAUGUCCUUGUGAAUUCACCUACAAAUGCAUUGAUGCUACAUCUUGUCGUUGCACAUACUAGUCAGUUGCUACUGGCAUGUGUAAAUAUGUAGGAUGCAUAAAUGGAAUAGCUGAUGUUCAUGCCCUCAUCUUAAGGAACUAGUGCCUUUUGUUUUAUAGUUGGCACAUCGUUUGUUCCUAUUAUAGAUGGUACAAUUUUGUUGGACGUGACAUCGUUUGUUCCUGUAAGAAUGAGCUUCAUCGAUAUUUACUCUUUUUCAUGUGGUCAAAUGACAAUUUAUGAGUUACCCA